AUUAAACACGAAGAAGAAAAAUAACCUGAAGAAGAAGACGACGAAGAAGAAGACACAAUUUAAAAAAACAAAAAAUAAGACAAUCGAUCGAAUUUGGAAACGUGGACGCAGCCAGAGACAUUUGAGAUGUUCCCCAUGCCAUCUCUGUGGUUCUUGUCAACGGUGGUGUAAUUCAAAGUGAAGACAGGAAGCCAAACAUUGGUCACUGCUCUUCCGGAAAUAUCGUCGAAGUUGUAACUGCUCGGGGCUGAAGGUAAACGACAAUAUCCGACAAGAUGGUGAAGUCUGUUGAAAUAAGUUUGUUUUUACGGCCAAGUUCUAGAUUAAAUGAUCGGUUUACGUGAGGUUGUAUUGAAAAGUAAGUAACUGCGCAGUCUUUUUAAGUGGCUAUCGAGAGUUAGCACGUGUCAGCUAACACAACCUGAAUGUCUGAUGGCUGACGGUAAAUGACAACUUAGCAGAAGAGAUCAAACUGCUUAGAAGCAAGCCUUUUGUAAAUAUGAGUAACACCUCUUCUAAAGUGACACUUAUAUUGUGUUUUAAUGUUGUUACAAAUAAUGCCACAGCUCAAUCGAACCAAUAGUAUAAUUUCACUUCAAAGUAUCAGGCCUUCAUAAAAGUUAUCCAAUUGUGCCUCAUCUCUGGAUAUACAUGUACUUUUUGUCGAGAUCAUUCGUUUCUUCUUGCAGAAUAACGGGUUCAAAACUAGCUUUUACAAGAUUUAGCCGAUACAGACAAUUAAGCUUAUCAACGUUGUUUAUUCCCUGUCCCGUGUACAAUGAAGUGCGCACUCCCAUCAGUCCCGAUUGCCCCGUACUGUGGCCUCGGUGUCCCCCCUCCUCAUCGGUCUGCCGCUGGCCUGCACCCAAACUGCUGUAGGAUCGGACAGGCCUGGGUGUGAUUACCUCUGGUACCUACAGUGGAUAUAAAAAGUCUACACACCCCUGUUCAACUGCCAGGUUUUAGUGAUGUAAGAAAUUGACGGCAAGAUAAAUAUUUUCACAACUUUUCCCACCUUCAAUGUGACCUAUAACCUGUACAGUGCAAUUGAAAAACAAACUGAAACCUUUAAGGGGAAAAAUAAAAAUACAAAAGUUAAAAUAACCUGGUUGCAUAAAUAUGCACAGCCUUAAACUAAUACUUCGUUGCAGCACCUUUGGCUUUUAUUACAACACUCUUUUUGGGUAGGAGUCUAUCAGCAUGGCACAUCUUGAUGUGGAAAUAUUUGCCCACUCUUCUUUGCAAAACCACUCCAAAUCUGACAGAUUGCGAGGUCAUCUCGCCCUCUUCAGAUCACCCCACAAAUGUUCGAUGGGAUUCUGAAGAAAAACAGCCCCAAAGCAUGAUGCUGCCACGACCAUGCUUCACUGUAGGUAUGGUGUUCUUUUGAUGACGAGCAGUGUUGAUUUUGCAACAAAUAUACCUUUUGCACUGAUGCCAAAAAAGUUUAACUUUGGUUUCAUCAGACCAUAACUCAUUUUCCCACAUGCAUUAGGGAGAUUUCAGAUGUCUUUUUGCAAAAUCAAGCUGGGCUUUGAUGUUUUUCUUUGUAAGAUAAGGCUUUCGUCUUGCCACCCUACCCCAUAGCCCAGACAUAUGAAGACAGCGGGAGAUUGUUGUCUCAUGUACUACACAGCCAGUACUUGCCAGAAAUUCCUGCAGCUCCUUCAGUGUUGCUGUCAGCCUCUUGGUAGCCUCCCUGCCCAGUUUUCUUCUUGUCUUAUCAAUUUUAGACAGAUGUCCUGUUCUUGGUAAUGUCACCAAUGUGCCAUAUUUUCUCCACGGUCUUUACUGUGUUCCAUGGUAUAUUUAAUUCCUUGGAAAUGCUUUUGUAGCCCUCAACUGACUGAUAUCUUUGAAAAAUGAGAUCCCUCUGAUGCUUCAUAAGCUCUCUGUGGACCAUGGCUUGUGCUGGAAGAUGUGGCUACAAAAAUGUCAGGAAAAGCAACUAGAACAGCUGAGCUUUAUUUGGGGUUGAUCAGAGGCACUUUAAUUGGUGACAGGUGUGUGCUGACUCCAAUUUAUUGGUUAAAUCUGAACACAGCCACAUCCCCAGUUAUUAAAGGGUUUGCUCACUCAUGCAACCACAUGAUCUCAGUUCUUUAUUUUUAUCUCACCUCCCUGAAAGAUUUGUGUUAGUAUUGUACAGGUUAUAGGUCACAUUGAAGGUGGAAGAAGUUGUGAAAUUAUUUAUCUUGAUUACAUUUUUUUAGGGCUGUCAAUCGAUUAAAAUAUUUAAUCGCGAUUAAUCGAAUUGUGAUCAUAAUUAAUCAUGAUUAAUCGCAAAUUGAUCGCAUAUUUUUGAUCCAUUCUAAAUCGAUCUUUUUUAAAUUGUUAUACUUUUAUCAACAUGAGAAUCAACAUGAGAACAGAUCGUGGAUUUUCGUGGUAAUGGUGGUCCUACAAGGUAAUUCAUAUGUCCAGUCAUUGGAUGCGAUCCGUAUGAUUUCACGCAGACCAACGUCCUGCACAAUGCUAAUCGGCCGACAAGCGGUAGCCACCCAUUUAGCGAUUUCUGUUUCAAGUUUGCGUUUAUUAGAGCUCUCCAUCUGUUUACCUUGCACAUUCAGCGUUGUUUGCUUGAGGCGGGCGGGCGGGCGGGGCUCUCUGCAUCAGCUGUGUGCUUGGCCGACAAGUGAUAUUUGAGACUAGACGUACUCCGGUGGUAACUAAAUUCAGCUCGACAGGAAACACAAAUGACUUUUGUCCUGUCAAGAGAGCCAUCUGGCAAGGCUUUGUAGCUGAACUUUCUGUUCAAAAUCGUGUUCUUAUCCAUUAUAUCCUAGUUACUGCUCACGGGGAUUUGUUUAUGUCUGCUGCGGUAUCAGUCAGUGCUCUACUUCCUGAUCCGCGAAACUACGGAGUGCCCCGAGGCUCACAUAGCCAGGAUAAGGCUUGCGUUAAUCGUGCGUCAAAAAAAUUAGUGGCGAUAAAAGUCACUUGAGUUAACGCGACAAUAACACGUUAACUUUGACAGCCUUAAUUUUUUUACAUGACAGAAACCUGGCACUUGAACAGGGGUGUGUAGACUUUUUAUAUCCACUGUAUGUAUGAGACGCGCAUGGCUUUCGGUCUUCAUGUUUAACAUUGUCUCCCGGCCAUAGAAAGCAACACAAGCUCUGAAGAGCCAUAUGUAUGGAUUAACCCACCAGAACCACUAUAAAACACAAAACAUCAACAAGUUAAGAAGCAAUGCAUGACAUUGAAAUUUCUGAAUUGAUGAAUCAUUAAGAUGAUCAUGCUCUGAGCAUGGAAACUACUGUGAAAAUAGAGGAAAAGUCCCCUGUAGUUUAUACUAUUGUCUUGAGACUGCUUAUCAUAGCAGUUGUACCCUGAAUGAAGUCACAUACCACAGUGAGUCACUCAAAGGACUCAGAGUACAAAAAAUUUUUUGUUGUAAAAAUUAGAAUAAAAUAAAGUUACUAAUCCUUUAAUUUUGAAAAUUGAAUUAUUUGGCAAAACCAGCGAGGAACCCGGUAACAGGUGUAUUUACUUCAACAGACUCUAAAGAUGAUAAAACAAGACACAGAAGAAUUUGCGCCCCAGAGCAGCGAGGAAGCGCAACCCACUGCGGUGGACGAAGGGUCGCCUACAACUGGAAAAGUCAGCUUGGAUAGUGACGGGUCCAAAGAGCCUGAACAGACAGACACACCUCAACAAGGUGAUGAGGUGGGAUGUGAAGGUAAUGUUUAACUAUUUACAACAUAAAUUAGACAUCAGAGUAUAUCUGUUGUGUGUCAUAUGACAGUGUAUGUCUUGAUCAGAAGGAGACUGAAGAAAGGGACAAAAAAAGCAACCUAGGGCCCAUAUUACAAGGGGAAGCACGAUAUCUCUCACUUUGGUCCACAAUAUUUUGAUGUAUUUCAAAUAGUCAAGACUCACAAAAAUGAACUUUGGGUUGUGUUGUCAAUAAGCUGUAGUCUGGCACAAAAAGUAAAAGUAAUCUAUAGUGAGCUUUAACCGAAAUCAACGAUUUCAUAUUCCCCCUAGAGUGGAAUUAUUCUUGAUGCACAGAUCAUCUGUGGGUGUGAUACAAGUAUGGUCAGGCCAAUAAGGACUGUUUGGAAUGAUAUUCUUGAUAGUGCAUGGAUGCUUUGAGGCUAAUUUCAGUCAUAAAACGGCUCUAAGAACUCCUAUGAUGAGGGUUGAAGGACCUCUUAGCAGUAUGACAGUCAGUGUUCCUCUGACCUAACUCCACGGGUGUAAUGAAAGCGUUUAAUGAUGUCAGUCUCAUUCUAGAUAAACAAAACGAUGUUAGAGAACUGCAAAGUUGUGAUAGAAGAGUUUUUGGAGUUUGUACUAGUCUCCCAGGACCAUCAAGGCAGAGACAUACCUUUGUCACUUUUCCAACUUGAUAAACUACUGGCAUUCAGCCUCUAUGCGGUUCACUUCUCUGGUUUUUGUGUUUAUAUUGAAAACAACAAACCUCCAAAGUGAGAAGAAAUAAGAAGAAGUGAGAAAUGAGUGUGGAUGGGACACUUAAAAGGUGCUUUACACACUUUUUUUUUACCAUUUACCCCCAGAAGAUCCAGUGGCAGCACUGUCUCACUGUGACAUGGCUGAGGAAUUGAGCAGGCAACUUGAGGACAUUCUCAGCACCUACUGUCGCGAAAGCAUCUCUGAUGAUGCCACCACCCUGCCCAAUGGCCAGUCUCAUAGCCCAAAACUCAAUGGCCUAACCAGUGAGAAGGAGGAUGAAAAACCAGGGGAGGGCAAAGUAAAUGGGGAAAAUAAUGAGUCAGAGAAGGAGCAAAAGAAGACUCAGGAGAAGAGGAAAGUAAAGGGUCUGGGUAAGAAAAUCUUGCUGUGAUCUCUUUUGAAACUUUAAGGUACAUUUUAAAAGCAGUUUGCUGAUAAAGCUACCAGAAGACAGUGAAGUAUGUAGAAAAAAAAAAUCAAAUAGUAGUUGUUUUCUGUCCCAUGAGUUAUUUUAUUUUCUUUUUUAUUUAUUUAUUUAUUUAUUUUGCUGCAGGCAAAGAGAUCACCCUUCUCAUGCAAACUUUAAAUACAUUGAGCACCCCAGAGGAGAAGCUUGCUGGCCUUUGUAAAAAGUAUGCAGAAUUGGUAAGUGUUUGAUUUAAUCACAAGGCUUUGUGUUGUACUAAACUUGUGUUAGCAAACCCACAAUUUGUACUUUCAUACUUUUUCGAUACCCUUAUUUCCUUAAAGCUGUGAGGCUGUGUUAAAAGUUUUAAUAAAUGGAAUAGGAUGAUUUAUGCAAAGCCCAAUUUUAACUAAAAUAAACCUCCAUAACAUAUCAAAUACAAGUUAGACUAUGGUAUUCAUAUUUAGUUUUGUAUGUUAUUACCGUUUACCUUAUGUUGUUUGUACACUUGUGACAAGGGCAAAAAAUAUCAAACUUUAUGCAUUCAACUUCUUUUACACAUGGUAAAGUUAAGCAGCUUAAAUGAAGCACUUGAGGCUGAAAUAAUGAUAUUUUAAUUCACCAGAGUGUGAAAGAGGAGGCCUUAUUUAAAAUCUAAAAACCAUGUGAAGCUGUUGAAGAGCUAUCAGAGGAAAAGUAGAGUCUGAGUAAAAGGUGCAACACCACCCUUUAAAACAACCAGGUUGUAAAUACCGUGGUAUUGUCAAUGCGUGGGAAACACUGACAGCAUUUCACAACCUUAUUUAUUUUAUAUUCACAAAUGCCUGGAUGCACCCAUGCAUUAAAAAAGCCUGUACAUCAGUGCAUCUUCAGAAGAGUCUUGUUUAAGAAGGCAUUUCAUUUUUCAUAAAUAUAGAAAACAAAAUCUUACCUUUUGUGUGUGACAGUUGGAGGAGCACCGCAACACUGAAAAGCAGAUGUGGGCGCUGCAAAAGAAACAGAACCAGUUGGUCCAGGAGAAAGACAACCUGAGAACUGAACACAGCAAGGCCAUCCUAGCUCGCAGCAAGUUGGAAAGUCUCUGCAGAGAGCUACAGAGACACAACCGCACUCUCAAGGUACCACAAGAAAACUAGUUUUGAGGCUUGGUAAGGAUUAUAGGUAGAUAUACAAUGAAAGAGCCGCUAAGUGCUCAUUAAUUUGCUUGAGACAUACUUCAGUAGACGUACAGUAGAGAACAGAGAACCCUUCUGUAUGGGGUAGAUGCAUGUGUUACAUUGCACAUUUUCAUAAACACUAAUAACUUUCCACUCUGUCCUUCUGCAGGAGGAAGGAGUGCAACGAACACGAUUAGAGGAGGAGAAAAGAAAAGAGGUGACCUCCCAUUUCCAAGUGACACUGAAUGAUAUUCAGGCUCAGAUGGAACAGCACAAUGAGAGAAACUCCAGUCUUCGACAAGAGAACACUGAGCUGGCUGAGAAACUAAAGAAACUUUAUGAACAGUACAAACUAAGAGAAGAGGUGAGUUCUGUUCUUCUUUUCUUUUUGUUUUCGUUUGUUCUUGAAGAUAUGGUAUUAUAUAACUCAGCAUUAUAAAACUGAGAAGAUGGACCGCAGUAGAUGACAUGUGACAAAUGCAAACUGUUUUAUUCACUGAAUUCAUGUGAUUAAAAAAAAAAAAAAAAAAAAAAGAAGUUUAGACCUGCCCCUGGUAGUGUGCAUCACGUCGCAAGCAGGUCAUGUACCUUUGCUCAGCAAGUGGGCGAUCCAUGCAAAACAGAGGGUUCUGUUGAUGAAACAGAAGAGGUUUAAGGGACAAACAGGAACACUGCUUAUACCUCAGUAGAAGACAAUUACUUGAGCAUUUAGGUCUAAGCAUGUAGAGUUCAAUGUAGAUUUGAGUUCAGGUUUGCAGCAGUAGAAAGUUGUAUCUGACCAAGACACGAGUCAUACUCAACUAUUACAUUCUUGUCCUCUUGUGCAACAAAGUCAAAGUAAGGGGCAUAUGUCUGAGCCUGAAAAGAUGCCUGUAGCUGCGCAGCCCUGCAGUUUUACCUUCACAGUUCGCAGUGAUGUUGCAUGUGAAAGCAGCUCUGCUAAGUUUGGCAAACUUUGGCGAAGGAUGUUGGUUUUUCUGUCGUCAGGAAGGUAUUUUGUAUCAGAGCUCUAAUGCAUGUAUCAUAUUUACUUUUAAAAUGGAGUUGUUUGAGUGGUCCACACUUAGGUCUGCGACAUGAAAGCAGCAUUAAAGAUGCUGUUUGACUUCGUAUAGUUGUUUAAGUGGGACAUGCCAUGGCCUUUAGGUUCCCUAACCAAAGCAUGCCUUCAGCAGAAAAGUGAACAGGGAAUGCCAUACAUUUGAGCUAACUGCGUUACAAUGUUAUAUAGCAGAUAUAAUUUGUGUAUCCCCGGUUGAUGUUAUGAACUUUAAAGUGAUACUUGGAAGUGCCACAUGUUUUUGUGAACCCACCUUUAUGCCCUAGUUGUUUCAAUCAACCGUUAUUUCUACUCUUCGUUAACGUGCAUGUUUGAAAUCUCUGACUCUCUGACCUUACCAGCACAUAGACAAAGUGGUCAAACACAAAGACCUUCAGCAACAGCUUGUGGAUGCCAAGUUGCACCAGGCUCAGGAGCUGCUGAAGGAGUCUGAGGAACGCCAUGACAGAGAGAAAGACUUUGUAACUAUCAGCCUUACCUUGACUCAAUUAUUAAAGUAGACGAUAUAGAAAUGUUUAAAACUCAGCAUUUUUGUUAACAUAUUUUCAGAAAAGGCGUUUUUAUUAUUUGUCUUUUUUCCAUUGGUUGCAGCUGCUGAACGAAGCUGUAGAAUCACAGAGGAUGUGUGAGCUGAUGAAGCAGCAGGAAGUUCACCUCAAACAGCAGGUCUUUUCUCAUCCUUGACACUUUUAUAGCUCUACUCUGAUUAGCUUUACUCUAUACAAACUUUAUUGAAAUGAGUAGACCUUAAAAGUUUUUUUUAGAGAAGCUGUUGUAACAUUACCAAAUUAAGAGUUGACAUAAUAACUAGCUGUGUACUCUGAAUUCAAAUAUGAUCUGAAAUUUGUACUUAGUCUGUAGGUUUCAGUCUUUAGAACGUGAAAAAUAGAAAAUUCAUUGAUACUACAUGUAUUAACAUUUUUUUGUGUUGUCUUUUUUAAGCUAUCACUAUAUACAGAGAAGUUUGAAGAGUUUCAGACCACUUUAUCCAAGAGCAAUGAGGUUUUCACCACAUUCAAACAGGAAAUGGAGAAGGUAAGAUCUAUGUAGUCUUUAUUUCUAUGUACAAGAAAUAAAAACUUGUCUCUGCAAGACUACAUUUCUUAGCAAAAAUGGUAUUAAUGAUUGGUAUUAAUAUACUUUUAUUUACUUUCUGUACAGUCACUUGACACACCAAUACAUUUGCUAUAAAGUAAAUUAAAGGCAGAAUGAAUAAGAUUUCCCUUGAACCUGAAAUCCUAGUGAAAACUUGAUUUUAGACAUGAUUUCUAGUCUUCUAGUCUGUGUUUGUUUAGCUUAAGCCAAAAGAUGUGUAAGAUUGGGGUGCACAAAUGUAGCAACCAGGUUACAUUAUUGUUUUAUCUGGCCUGCACUGGUUUGUUUGAACUGAACCAAAUAAAGAAGAAAGGCCUCCUAUAGGCUGGAUGAAGCAUGAAGUCAUACAAUCCUACACACAGCCAUAACUGUCCUUUAAAUAAUGCACAUUUCAUCAAUAAGGAUUGAUGUCUGAUUUUGAACGCACUCUUAUUAAUGCGCUUACCUGCCUUUCAAACUUUUUUAAUACUAAUACAAUGUUUGGUUAUAUAGUUUUAAACUAAGAUGUAGCCUGAGAGCAUAACACACCCUUACUGUUUACAACCCUACAUGUCCGUGCCACUCUGACGAUCUGACUUUCUUUGUGUGACAGAUGACCAAAAAGAUCAAAAAGCUGGAAAAAGAGACAGCUGUUUAUCGAUCCAGAUGGGAGAGCAGCAACAAAGCUCUUCUAGAGAUGGCACAAGAGGUAAAGCCGCUUUAGUUAUCUGCUUACUCUGGCCAAAUAUGUAUAUACUUUUUUUUUGUCUGGAAGCUGCCAUGUUUGGAAGAAUUUGAUUCAAGUCCACCAUCAUCAGGACUCUCGUGGCCUAUUGAAACAUAAAACUUUUUUUGUGUGUGUGAUUUGGUAUAGAAAUCUGUACGGGACCGUGAGUUUGAAGCACUUCAAGGCAAGGUCCAACGCCUUGAAAAGCUGCGACGUGCACUCAAAGUAGAACGCAACGAGCUUCACAAGAAGGUCCAGAAGUUUGGGGAUGUGCAAAGUGGCACUGCGAGUACCUCUGCCUCUGACCCAGGAACAGACUCACCCUCACCACAACCUACAGACUCUUUGCUUGAGUCCACUAGCAACCUUGUUCCAGAUUUCCCCCCCUGCAUCCAGUCCUGCCAGGGUGAUCCAGAACUGGACACAGAUGGUUCAUUAGAUGGGGUCGAGGCUCAGUCCAUUGCUGCACAGUAAUGAAGCAAUGCUGCUCACAGCCUGUUCUCAUCCUUUCCAGCAUCAAGCCAGCAGACAGUAAUAUCACAGUCCACAUGCCACUGCUACUACUUACCAGGAUGGAUUGAAUGCUCAAUAUAUUGCAAAAGCAGAUCAUGCUGCCAGGUUAAAUCAUGUUUUGUUCGACUGCUUUGCAGGUUCUUAAAUUGAUGAUAUGAGGGUAAAUUGUGUUCAUUUACAUGGGCACCUUUUUGUGGUGUGACUUUCUCAAGAUAAUAGAGAAAUAAUCCAACUGGUUGAAGAAUGACUCCAUUGCUUCACAUGCUGCUGUUUUUGUAAUAUUGAAAAGAAAAAGAAAAAAAAAAUUGGUUUUGAGAUAUUAGAAUAUAAUGUACAUAAUUAUACACAAAUAUAAGUGUAAAUUUAUCUAACCCUACACUGUGUUGAGAUGAUAGCUGCAAGCAUCUGUUAAAAUCUAUGUCAGUGUUGCUUGGGAUGUCAACAAAGGAUGACUGGUUUGUGGAAGUGCAGCCUCACUGUCUCAUUUUCAUGUAACAUUGGUGUCGGUGUGUGGACCUCGCACCUAAAGUACCUUGAUAAAUCUUUUUCAGGUAUUUUUCUGUCAAGUGAAAUCUUCCACAAAUGUCAAGCUAAUUCUUUAAGAUAAGAUAAGAAGAACUUAUUCAUCCCCAGGGGAAAUUUGAUUAGCUGAUACUCAAAACAGAUUGGAUUUGGGUUUUGCAUUUUGUGGAAAUGUUUCCAUGUUAAAUUUUAAUGACUCUGAUUUGAAUGGUGUCUUAUAUUGAGGGCUGCAUUUAUUAUUUGUCUCAAGUUUUGGGAUAUGGAUGUUAUAGAGCACCACUAAAAAAAACACAUAUGCAAUUUUUUUGUCUUAACUCGGAAACGUGUUGCAGCUUUGACCAAUCAUCAUGCCUACUUUUUCAUUCCUUUUUGUUCUGUGUGCUCUUGGCUGUUUUUUUUUUUUCAUAACAUUUUUAUUCUUCUAGUCUUAUAAUGAUACUUUUUUGUGAGUGUGGCUUACAUGACCAUGAUUGUCUUUAUUCCAGCUCUAAUAAUAGCAGUAGCUUCAAAUCAGGAUUAUCUAGAGAAUGUCAAGGAAAUCUAUGCAAUACUUGACUCAUGGUGUUGUUCUGUGGUAGGCUAAACUGACAAGCACUUGACUGAAAAUGUGUGUUCAUUAUUUCCACUGUCCUGUAUGUCUGCAUUGAAUGAACGGACAAGGCAUCCUCCUGCUCAUAUGUGGACUCUGACACUAGCUGUUCAGUUCCUGUUUGACAUUGAUCAUAAAGUUGUGCAUUUCCCUGUGUGUAUUUCACAGGGGGAAAUGACUAAGGCUAAUUGAGCUACAGACGCCUUUGAAAUAUGUUAGUGGUCUUCUGACUCACAUUGUCUCCCCCAAACAUGUCAGUUUUUCCUCUCAUUUCUAUAGGGUACUUUGGAUGUAGCAUUUGGGAGGAGGUGUCAGAUAUAGAUGGGAAACCUAAUGUCUUCCUCAGUCCCCAUGGUUUAUGUAAAGGCUCAGUGAUCAUGAGAAGGAACCAAAGAUGUCUCCAUAGUUAUCAUCUUUGGUAUUUUUGUUCUUUUCCGCAUCAUUUUUUUUCUUGUUCAAUAAAAUAAGCAACAGUUAA